GAGGCGUGGCCUCGGGAGGGGGCGUGUCCCGGGGCGCGGGCGAUGGCGGCGGCGGGAGGCUGUGGUGUCGGUGUCGGUGACCGUGCGGGACGGCGGCUGCCGCCGCACUCUCCCUCGGGGCUGGUGCUGCAGACGGUGGAAAUGCACACGGGCGGCGAGCCGCUGCGCAUCGUCCCGCGGCUGGAGGCGGCAGAGGAGGCGGUGGCGGCGCGGGGGCUGUCGCUGCUGUCGCUGCGGCGGGAGGUGGCAGCCACGCAAGACCACGUGCGGCGGGCGCUGAUGCACGAACCGCGGGGCCACGCCGACAUGUACGGGGCGGUGGUGGUGCGCGGCGGGGCGGCCGCUGCCGGCGCCCACCUGGCAGCUAUAUUCCUGCACGGCGCCGGCUACAGCACCAUGUGCGGCCACGCCGUGCUGGCCCUCGGCCGCUUCGCCCUCGACUACGGGCUGGUGGCGGCGCCCAGCACCCCCGAAACUGCCGUCCAGCUGCGCUGCCCCUGCGGGCCUGUCACCGCCUUUGUGCCCUGGGACGGUUGCCGCAGUGGCAACCCGGUCCGCUUCCACAGUGUGCCCGCCUUCGCCGCCGCCACCGACUUGGCUAUCGACGUCCCCGGUCACGGAAAGGUGGUGGUCGACAUUGGCUAUGGUGGCACAUUCUACGCCUUUCUCAGUGCCGAGCAGCUGGGCCUCGAUGUCUGCUCUUCCAAGACCAGAGACCUUGUCAAUGCAGCGAGUGCGGUGACGGAAGCGGUGAAGAAACAGUUCAAGCUUCAUCACCCUGAAAGCGAAGACCUGGCUUUCCUCUACGGCACCAUCCUGACAGAUGGGAAAGAUGCCUUUAGUGAGGAGCCCACCACCAACAUCUGCGUGUUUGCAGAUGAACAGGUUGACCGAAGUCCGACAGGUUCAGGAGUGACUGCUCGCAUCGCCUUGCAGUACCAUAAGGGUCUCAUCCAGCUGAAUCAGACCAGGACCUUUCGGAGCAGCACCACCGGGUCCUUGUUCACCGGGAAGGCAGUGAAGGCAACCAAGUUUGGGGACUACAAUGCUGUUGUUGUCGAAGUCUCGGGAGAAGCCUUUUACACCGGUACAGCCACCUUCACUGUCGAAGAGGAGGACCCGCUCAAACAUGGCUUCUUCUUCAAGUGACCAGAGCCACUGGGCAGUAGCAAAGUCUCACUAAUAGUGCUGCGCUUCUUCUGCCCACUUAUUUCUGUUCUGCUUCUCCAUACGGCUCGUCACAAUAUGCCAGAGCAACAGGAACAAGCUUUGGUGGUGUGACAGCAUCUGCUGUGUUUGAAGAUAACAGGCUGUGUUCCUCUGCUGUGAUUAGCAUAUUGGGUACAAUGUGAUUAGCGUAUAUGGGCUGCUCUGAGAAGCCAUAAUAUUUUUCUUCUUUUUUAAAAUGAUUUUUCACAGGAAAUGGAGAGCUCUCUUCAAAUUUAUGUGCCUUCUCUACAUCUGCAAAUUACUAAUUGCAAAGCCAGAUUCCUAUUAAACGCCAGCUGAAAACAC